UGAACUUCAAUGUUCAUCACACCCAAGCUAAACUUUACUUUACCAACUACUUCUAGUUAGCUACUACCUAAGGUUGCGCGGUCACAUCGUCGAGCCUAGCCAUCACCACCUACUUUGCCGAAUAAUCAUAGCAAAACUCGCAUCGCUAUUAGACGUUUCUACCUACCUACCUAAGUACCUACCUAGGCACUUACCUAUUUCCUAGUAUAAAGUGUCUCGCUAUUAGACUUCGUGGCUUUUCAACGGCAUCGACAACGUCCUAAACCAAAAACCAACCUCAGGCAUCUUCCACUUUAUUCCACGUCACAGAUAAUCCUUUUUUUGCUUGCACUUCGGUAUAGCUGGCAUAGCAAACAAUCUUGAUGUCUGCAUGUGUCAACUAUCAGCAAAUUCAAAAUAUUUAAUACCUCACUUGCCGCUUAUUCUUUGUUACUACUCACAACAGUUACGAUAGUCUCAUGGUCUAAGUCCCAAUAGGAGCAGCCCUUAGGGCACGACUUCCAGUCUUCACUAUCCACUCCAACUUUGCCUCGUCGUUAUGGACGAUUGGCUGCCAAACCCCGCCGAAUUUCCCAACACCGUUGAGCGACGCCAUCUGUCUACGACACAAUCCAAUACCAUGGCCGAGCAACCCGCCGCGAACGUGCAGUCUCUGGGCAACGAUGCCCUUGCCGACCCCGAUACUUGUCGGAUAUGUCGAGGUGAGGGCACUGCCGACGAGCCGCUCUUCUACCCAUGUAAAUGCAGUGGCAGUAUCAAAUACGUUCACCAAGAUUGUUUGAUGGAAUGGCUAUCGCAUUCGCAGAAGAAACAUUGCGAACUCUGCAAAACACCCUUCCGCUUCACGAAACUCUAUUCUCCCGAUAUGCCGAAACGUUUGCCUUUCCAUAUCUUCGUCACUCACAUGGCCAAAUAUAUAUUCCGAAAUGUGCUUGUUUGGAUGAGGGCUCUUCUGGUCAUUAGCGUAUGGCUAGGAUGGCUUCCCUACCUCAUGCGCUCGGUCUGGUCUUUCCUGUUCUGGAUCAGUGACGAGGGCUUUGGUUCUAGCCCACCGCUCUUCGAUGGCCGGAAUGCCACUUCUAUCGGACGAGGCGAUUUAUCUUCAUUCUCCGUCACUGGCACAACUACUUGUGCAUCCACCCCCUUGUUGGCCGCUACCACCACCGCCGCUAGCAUUGGGAGCAUUAUUGACCAGAUUCCCGUGUCUAAUCUGCUGAAGGCUAUUUCGAAGCCUCUGAACACACCACCCCCAUCUUGGCUUACUGCGCUCCUAGGUCUUUCCCCCGUUCCCGAGAAAUCAUCCCCAGGUUUUAAAGAUCUACUUAAUGUGACACGGUUCGAUCAUAUUACCAUCUCGCCUGUUGCUGGCCGUCCAUCCUCUUUAUUGAGUGAUGUUGCCAUCUUGAAGAACUUUACACGCCACCCUGCUAUCAACCGCACCGUUAUCGCCGUACUCGAGGGCCAGAUCAUUACCUUGUUGGUCAUUGUGUGCUUCAUUUUGAUCAUACUGGUUAGAGAUUAUGUUGUCCAGCAGCAACCGGAGAUCAACAUGCGUGCGGCUUUCGCAGCAGCAGAAAAUGAACAAGCCCCUCUCGCUGCGGCUCUCAAUGACUUUGUGCUCCGUAAUCCGGACCCGGCGGACGAUUCCGAUGACUCCGAUGACGAUUCUAGCGUUUCUGGCGUUUCCAGGGGUGAGUUGAUCGGUGGCCGGAACAUCGAGCAGGGUGAAAUACAUCAAACAGGCAGUGCACCAGACGUUGUUGAUACACAGGAGUUUCAACAAGUAGUUGCCGAGUUCCGCCGGCGAAGGGGGAUGCGACCCAAUGCCGAGGCUCAACAGGGGAGUUGGCACCUAGAUCACGAUCCCUCUGAGCAAGAUCAAGAACCGCAACCUAAUUCGUCCACGCAGCAAACUUUGCUUAAUCAAACACUCUCGAAUGCUUUCAAUGGGGAAGCCAGCUCGGGUGAUAACGACCCCAAUUCAAAAAGUACGGUAACAGAAUAUCUACGCAUCUACCGAGAAGCUGGGGGGGACCAGAAGAAAAUCCUUCAAAUCAUUCGAGAUGAGGGCCUUGAGGACCGCAUGCGAUAUUGGAUUCGCAUCACUCAGACGAUGGGGACUGCUCCAAGACUCGUCGAUGCGAACAACCCAGAUCGACGAGAUAGCAUCGGAGGCUCCACAACACAUCGACACGAGCAUCGCCCAGAUGAAUCCUCCGAGGAAUCGGAGUCGCUUAUGGCCAACAGAACUAGUAGCGAUACCUCAAGUUGGACAUGGGCUGAGACUGAUGAUGGAGACGGCACCACGAGCCAGAGUCAUCGCGAUAAAGGGAAAAGUAAGGCCAUCGAAUCCCACAUGGAAGAAGGUACCUCUUGGCAAUCUUGGGGGGGCGAAUUCGGUGAUAUUCACCCGCAUUCAUCUAGUAGAAACAAUCAUGGAGACGACAACGACAACGAUAGCAAUGAUGCCCCGUCACCCUUCUUGUUAGCUUCGACAAGACCUCGAUCCGCUUCAGAUGGCCCCCAAGGUCCUAAAGGAAUUAAUGCGCUUGCAAAUAAUAACUGGUCUUUCUCCAACGUUCCAUCUGACCCACUAGAUGUUCCUCGUGGCGUAAACUUGAAUAGUUCUUCCCCAGCCGGGGCCGCUUCAGCCUUUAGCCCUACACCUCAUCCUACAGAAUGGCAACGUCAAUUUGAUAUCGAAGAAUCAAGGCCAAAUACACCCAACAGGCACGAAGCGCAAAAUCUCGGGCAGUUGGAUACAAAUACGCAAGCCGAUUUUGGAAUGCCACCUAAUGCUGACAAUAGAGUGGGUGGCGAGGGCGGAGAAGCGCUUGCGGGAGAUAUCCCGGCCGAAUACCGUGCUGUUGCUGUCGGAAAUGCUCAGGAGACAGUAGCACGACAACCGGGCGGCAUCGUGGAUCGUGUAGCUGACUUCAUGUGGGGCGAUUUCGAAGUUGGGCAACCAGAUGGCAUAGAACCUGAAGAGGCCGUGGACAUAUUCGGUGACAACCAGAACGCCCCUUUCUUCGAUAACGAUCGCGAAGAAGAAAGAGAAGAGGAGGUCGAGAUGGCACCCGACGUUGUUGAAGCUGCUGUCGCCGCCGGUCUUGAUCCAGAAGCAGUCGAAGAUGCCGAAGAUUUUGAAGGGAUCAUGGAGCUUAUCGGCAUGCGUGGUCCUGUCGCAGGUUUAUUUCAAAAUGCGAUCUUCUGUGCGUUUCUCGUGUCCAUCUCUAUAUUCUUUUGCGUUUUUGUUCCAUACAAUGUUGGCCGUGUGUCAGUCUGGGUCGUCGCGAAUCCUACUCGCCUACUCCGUAUAGUUUUCAGCAUUUCCAAGUUCGUCCAGGACGCUGUUCUAUUAGCCGUUGGUUAUACCUCUAGCUUUGCUUUCGCCCUUAUUGAAGCGUUUAGAAUACUCUUCAAAAUCGAGCAGGGGAAACAAUUAGUACACACUAUAAGGAUCGAUACUACGCAUAUUGCCACAGGCGCUCUCGACAGGAUUGUCGCCAGCUUUCUCUCCGAAAUGCCCCUGUUAUCAGUUAGCGAGGUACGAAACUUCUCAGCCAUCAGCCAUGAAGCCCUCGUGGUGGUGAAGAGCGAUAUCCAUUACUCUCUCUCAUCUAUUGGACACAUCUUUUCAUACUUUUUCGGGGGUGACUAUUGGAACAAAUGGGUCUCGGCCAAGUCUUUCGUUUCUGUCGCCGGUCCAGCUAUGAUCCAGUUCCUUAAUUCGAUUCCUGCCCUUGCCGUUCAACCUGGAUCGUGGAUGUUGAACCUUAGUCUUUCUGGUUCACCUUCGUUGCCGAAUGCCGGCCUAGCCUACUGGGACGCGAAUGACAGAACAUGGGCUAUUCUGAUUGGUUACAUGUCUCUCUGCAUCAUGGCUGGGCUUUACCUCGCGAGGGGGACGCCCCUUUCCACGGGGCAGACCGCUCAGGAGUGGGAAGCCUCGAUAAUCGAUGUCUUGAACCAGGCUAGCGGUGUCAUGAAGGUGAUUUUAAUCAUCAGCAUAGAAAUGCUAAUAUUCCCGCUGUAUUGUGGACUGUUGCUGGACUUUGCACUGCUUCCACUCUUCGAGGGUACCAGUGUGAGGUCCCGUUUACUGUUCACAUAUAACUUUCCCCUUACCUCGAUCUUCGUACACUGGUUUGUGGGCACAGGUUACAUGUUUCACUUUGCCCUGUUUGUUUCGAUGUGCCGAAAGAUCAUGAGGAAAGGCGUGCUGUAUUUUAUUAGAGACCCAGACGAUCCCGAAUUCCACCCAGUGCGCGACGUUCUUGAACGCCACGUAACUAUGCAACUCCGUAAGAUAUUGUUUUCGGCAUUCGUCUACGGCGCACUCGUCGUGAUAUGUCUUGGGGGAGUUGUGUGGGGAUUGUCUCUGGCUUUGCCCAACGUCCUGCCAAUCCACUAUUCAUCUAAUGAGCCAGUUCUCGAAUUCCCCAUAGACCUUCUCUUCUACAACUUCUUAAUGCCUCUAGCCGUCAGAUUCUUUAAGCCGAGCGACGGACUGCAUGCAAUGUACACGUGGUGGUUCCGCACAUGCGCAAGAACUCUACGGAUAACAUGGUUCUUGUUCGGUGAACGACGCAUUGACGAGGAAGGUACAUUAGUCCUACGCAAGGAAUCUCCUCAUCAAAACCAACCCUGGUGGUGUCGGUUUUUCCUUGAGGUUAACGAUGAGAAUCAAGUCGUACCAAAGACGUGGGAAGAUACUUUUAAGGAGGGCAAGUCGAAGCCUCUGUCGAGAAUUUCUACCGAGGAGAUGGUUCUUCACAGCUCGAACAAGAAGAGCCUCGUUGAAUCAGGGCAGUUGAUUCCAAAUGGGCGCUUCGUACGAUCCCCGGCAUCCGAUCAGGUCAAGAUCCCUAAAGGUCAGUCCGUGUUUCUCGACGUAUCGGAAAAUAAUCAAAGAAAGGACGGCAAAGAAGAUCGACCGGAGGCAGACCUAUAUUCUGGUGUCCACUACCAGUUCGUGUACGUCCCGCCUUGGUUCCGCGUCCGCAUCUUUCUUUUCAUACUCUUUAUAUGGAUGUUCGCUGCCGUCACUGGAGUUGGCUUCACGAUCGUGCCGCUGGUGUUUGGUCGCCGCAUGUUCAAGGUCCUGAUCCCUUCGCACAUACGAACAAACGACAUCUAUGCAUUUAGCAUCGGCAUCUACAUCCUCGGCUCCGUCGGCUAUUUUAUCUUCCACCUACGAGCUAUGCUCGGUAAGGUGAGACACUGGAUGGCCUCUGCGUUAGAUUCAAUGGUAGAUCGCCAUGCUCUUCGGCGUGUUCUUCAAUUUGCAACCCACGCAUGCCAAUUAGUAUACACCUAUGUAGUUCUACUCAUAGUCUUCCCCCUCCUCAUAACGCUAUUAGUGGAGCUUUACCUGCUCAUGCCGCUACAUACGUACGUAUACCUUGGAGCAACGGAUACCACUAGGCGGCUUGAGGGGUUCCGAGAAGGCCAUACCAUUCGCGUCAUACAGGCUUGGACCUUGGGAAUCCUCUAUCUUAAGCUCAGCUCUCGGGCCUUGACUCUGUACGGAGGCAGGCCUGCACACGCCGUCCGCGCUGUACUGCGUCGCGGCUGGCUAGACCCCGAUGUCGGCGUGCUUACUCGCGCGUUUGUGAUCCCCGGAGUGUUAGUGUCGUUCGUCAUGAUCGCCGCGCCUCCCAUGAUAGCAUGGACAGUUUUGAACCGCGGCAUCGAGACCAGCACCGAAAUCACUCACGAGAUGCGUGUCUUAACAUUCCGCCUCGCCUACCCGCUCAUGGCCGUCGUCUGGGCCGGGCUCCUGAUGACGCGCAGGAUGCUACGCGUAUUUCAGGGAUGGCAGGUCCGCAUUCGUGACGAGGCGUACCUCAUGGGCGAACGUCUUCACAAUUUUGGUGGCACGGCUUCUAAAGUCACGAAUUGGAGGGCUAGCUCGAGGCUAUAAGAAUUAAGAUGAAUAGAAGAAAGAAUAGGUGCAAGCUACAGCAGGAUGGAUCAUGAAUGAUCGAACGGUUAGGUAGCGGAUGCAACUAUAAAUUAAGUAACGUACCGACGCUAUGAAUUGAUUGUAUUGAAUUAUUAUGAAUUGGGUAUUUUUCCCCUGAUUA